UUGUUUGUUGCGCGUUAUUACGAAUUUCAUGGUUAUAAAUUAAAAAAUAAUCUUAUCUUUAGAUAAAAAUAUACUAAAUAAAAUAACUUUGAACUUGACCAUCGCAAUAAUUUGUAUGUUAUCUACGAAACCGCUUGGGAAACUUGCUUUCCAGCGGCAAGUAUGAAUACCAGGAAGAAGGCUAUCAAAACAGUUUACAAGGAGGAUGAUGAUAGCGAUGCUGAUGCUGGGCUGGACUUCAGCGACUCCGGGUCAGAGGCGGAGAUCAGCGAGCCCCCCUCCAGCGAUGAGGCGGACAUACCCUCCGACGCACACUCAUCUGCCGACGAGUUCGCCACCACUAACAAUAAACCAGCGAAAGCGCCGCAGAAAAAGCACAGAACAGAAGUUAGCAAAGCGCGAAGUGUACCGGCUGUCAGGAAAACCAAGUUUGCGAAGUCUUUCAUCAGUAAAAUCAGGCCCAACACAGCCAGCAGCGAUGAAGAUGAAGGGGAUAAUAAUAAACAAACAUUUUCAGUCAAAAACUUGACUGAGGAAGAUAAACUUUUGCCAUCUAUUUUGAAGUUGUCUGACAGUGAAAGCAGUGAUGAUGACUCUCCAAAGGCGUCCACAUCCAUCAACAACACAGCAUCCUCCAGCUACCUCAGCCAGAACUAUGAGUCCGAUAGUGAUAAAGAGCAAGUUGAGUACCAGGAUGUCUGGGCCAAGAAUCUCAAAGAAAGUGAAGAAGUGGCAAAAAAAGCAUUCAUGGAGCUUGCUCAGCGAGAAUCAGAAAUGCAAGUCACUAAGGACAGUGUGGAGAAGUAUCUGAAGGCCAAAGAUGUGAGCAUGGAGGUUGAAUGUGAUGUCAAAGACCUACUUGCUCAGGGGGAGGAGGCAGCACCAGCCACUAAGAAAAAUAAAAUUAAGAAGAAGAAAGCUGAUAGUGAUUCAGAAAUGGAAGAUUGGGAAGAGGUGAAUGAGGCUAAAGCCAUACCUCAACAAGGCAUCCAACUCAUUGUAAACUUCCCUGAUGGAUGCAGUCGGAAGUCAAAGAAACUUGAUGUGGAGAUGAUGAUGAAGAGGAAAAUCAAUAGAGUAAAGAAAGAAAACCAAGUUCACAUGCAUAAGGUCCAUGUCUUAUGCUGGCUCGGCCAUGGCAACUAUGUUAGUAGAGUUUUAAAUGACCAGGAUAUCCUGUCGGCCGUCCUCACCCUACUUCCAUCAGAAGGCUGCUACCCUGGUCCUCGAAUAGACAUGAAGUAUGUAGAACAAAUCACGACAUGGUACAAAAACAAAUUAACAUUGAAACAAGACAAACAUGAAGAUAAGUACAGACCAAAAGCGCCGCCUCUCAAAGAAAUGCUCUUAGCUCACGUUAAAAACAAGACUGUGACUGCUAAGAAGUAUCUGGUGUUUAUAUUUGUUAGUUUGCUCAGAGCACUAGGCUUGCAAUGUCGCGUUAUGUUCAACUUUGUCACUCUCCCUCUAAAACCGCCUGAGUCAGAGCUAUGCUCUCUAGCAACAAAGCCCAAAGAUAAAGCAGAUACCACUACUAAAGACAAAAAGACACCAGUUAAAAAGGAGAAAACUACAAAAUCAACAAAAAGCAAAAAAGCUAUACCACAAGUUGAUGGAAAUUAUGAUCUUAGUGAUAGUGAUUUUGAUUCUAUUGAUGAUGAAUAUGAGAAUAUAAUGCAGAUAGAUGGAAAUGAUGAUACUAAAGUAAUUAGAACAAGGAGUGGACGAUCAGAAAAAUCAAAAAUGGAUACAGCAAAAGAGAAUGAAGAUGUAUCACCUCCAAAAAGGUCUAAACUGGACCCAGCCACUGAAAUUGAUAAACUAAAAGUACCUGUUAAAAGAAAUAGAUCUGAGAAGCCUGCAUCUGGUAAGGUACCAGCAAAUUCUAUUAAAAAGGAUGUGAAACUCAGUGAAUCUAUUAAAUUGGAAACCAAUAAAACAACUGCAAACAAAAAACCUAGCCCACAAAAAACAGUAAAUGCGAAAAAAGAUGUAAAAGCCAAUGAAACUAAUAAAUUGGAAAUCAAAAAUACAACUGAAAACAAUAAACCUAGCCCACGGAAAACUCGAAGCAAAGCUCAACCUAACCACUCCAAAAGCACAGCAAAACCACUGCCAAAAAAGCCUGAGAUAAAAAUCACGAACGAAAACAAAGAAGAGGUUUGCAGUGAAUACUUUGAGUCCACAACAGCUAAACCAAUAAAAAAGCUUAGUUUAUCACGAAACAGAUCACAGACAUCUACACCGCAAGAGACUAAAGACACGGAUAAACUAAAAGUUGAUACCACAAAAGCUAAAUCUAGGACUAAAAGCGCGCCUGGGACUGCAGUUGAAAAGAGUAAAUAUUUCAGCUCUCCUGACAGUAAGAAGCCAAGUAGAGAGAUGAGCAAAAAGGAGAAAGUUCUAGAAGAUGCUCAAAGAGUCAGUCAUAGGGACCUGCAGAGGAAAGGAAAGCCUGUAGGUGAUGUCAAAGGUGACCUGAUAGAUAUAAUCAAGAGUAGAGUUCAAGAGGCGAAAGUGGAUGCAAAGAAAGGAAUCGUUAAAGGCAAAGUGAAAAAAGAAUCUGAAGGUGAAGACAGUGACUAUCUCCCAGAAGAGGCACCCAAACGUCGCAACUCAGACAGUGAUGGCGACUUCAAACCUUGCAAGAUCAGCCCAAGGCCCGCUGUCAAAAAGAAAAUAGACAGAAGAGUGUUGUCUUCUGAGGAACCAGAGCAGAAGAACAAGAUAGAUGUGUGGUGCGAGGUGUUCGUUGAAGAACUGGAGCAGUGGGUGCCUGUCGAUGUUGUGAGAGCUAAAGUUCAUUGUGCCGAGGAGUUGUAUAAAGCCGCCACCCACCCUGCCGCCUACAUCGUCGGUUGGGAUAACAACAACUACCUAAAAGACCUGACCCGUCGCUACGUACCUCACUUCAACACGGUGACUCUCAAGCAGAGGGUCAGCCAAGACUGGUGGGGCGAGGCCACUCGACCGUGGAAGGGACCUAAGAGUGCUCGGGACAGGAAUGAAGAUUCGCAAUUGGAUAGGAUGCAGUUGGAAGCGCCGUUGCCUAAGACGGUUUCUGAAUACAAAAACCACCCGCUCUACGCCUUAAAGCGCCAUCUACUCAAAUUCGAAGCUAUUUACCCACCCGACGCGGCGACAUUAGGCUUCGUGAGAGGAGAGCCGGUGUAUGCACGGGACUGUGUGUUCGUCUGUCGCUCCAGAGACACCUGGCUGAAAGAGGCCAAGGUGGUGAGGCCGAAGGAACAGCCGUACAAGAUUGUGAAGGCCCGCCCUAAGUGGGAUAAGCUGUCAAACCGCAUGAUAAGCGACAUCCCGCUAGAAGUGUUCGGUCCGUGGCAGGUGUCGGACUACGAGCCUCCCACGGCCGUUGGCGGCGUGGUGCCGCGCAACGCUUAUGGAAACGUGGAAUUGUUCAAGCUGUGUAUGCUGCCGAAGGGAACCGCUCAUGUGAGAUUGCCGGGGCUAAACAAGGUGGCUAAGAAGCUGAACAUAGACUGCGCGCCCGCCAUGACAGGCUUCGACUACAAUGGCGGCUACUCGCAUCCGGUGUACGACGGAUAUGUCGUAUGCAAGGAGUUCGAAGAGAUUAUCACGGAGGCCUGGCUUAUGGAUCAAGAAGACCAAGAAAGGAGGGAAAAUGAGAAAAUGGAGGCGCGAGUUUAUGGCAACUGGAAGAAACUCAUCAAAGGUCUCCUGAUUCGUGAACGCUUGAAGCACAAGUAUGGGUUCGAAGAACCUAGUACCUCCACUGAGGUAAAGAAGAAAGCGAUGUACCUGCAAACCUUUGGAAUUAUAUAAGCAAUAGACUGGCUGUAUGGUUUAAGUACACGUCAUGGUUUUUCUGUGGUUUAGAUCCCAAUGCAACAAUGAUAUAGUAUACAAAACUCGAUGCCCCGCUGCCAAGUAUUUUUUUUUGGUAUGCACCAUAAAAGGCAUCAUGUUAAACGGAUGCUGUGCAAUAGAACACUAAAAGUGGUUUACUCUUAAAUUACAGUCAAUGUAGCAUUUCAUUCAAAAGUAUCGAUAGAUCUUUCAACAACAUUUUGUUUUUUGUAACGCUGUACCUAGCUCAUCAUAUUUUUGUAAG